AUGUCGUCGGCAGCGACCGCAAUCUCCUCACACACACGCAGCAAGAGCCUGCGGGUCCCUGCCUCAGACUCCUCAUUCCUAAAGCGGUCCGUGGGCACGCCGACAAACUUGCAGCAAGCAGCCGGACCUUCGCAUGUUAGUCUGUUUUUGACGAAUUUGAGACUGCUGGAUUUGGAUAAAAGACAGGAUUGGCCGGGGAUUACGCCGGUUACGUUUACGACGAAGGAUUCGCAGCAGAAUAUUAAGAAGAGGAUUCAGUGUGUGGAGUGGGCGCUUUUUCGGCUGUUUGAGAUUUGGGAGCCGGAGGAGGCGAGGGAGAAACUUCAACCCUUCUUUCCGCCACUCGAACCGCUCCAGUCACUCAACUUGCGCACGGCGCUCUUUCGAUGUCUCGACCAGGCGAAAAAGAAUGGCACCCUGGGACGGGAUGCAGUCCUACGGAAGACCAUGCUGGAUGAGUGCAAGGGCGAACGAUUGGAAGAAGUCCUAUCCGUCUUCUCCACAGCCGUCGUGAAGCGCUCGGUUCGCGAGAAUCAAGAUGGUCCCGAGGCAAUCGCUCUCCGCCUCGCUAUGGAGAACUUCUCUUACACCGGCGAUCGCGCUAGUCUUUCAGCGCUGGUAUUGGCGCACAAAGGCAGCCUGCGGAAGAAAAUCGAACAGAAAGAUCGGGCACGGGAGAUCUACAACGAUUUCUCGGGACUGCUGGAGUUGAAAGAUCGGCAGAUAACGAGGCGCAGGGAGCAGUUGAAGGUGGCUAUUGAGGAGGAUGAGAAUACGGAAUACAUAUCGAAGGCGGAGACGUAUGAGGUCCAGGAACGGGCACGCAAGAACUGGUACGGAAGUGAUGAUUGGCUCGAAAGUAUAUUACAGAGUGACCGGCAGGCGCAGACCGAUAUACUAUUCUCCGAGCCAUACGACCAGGUAUGGAAAUACGUCGAGAAGGGAAGGAUUGGGGAGAUUGAAGAUAGCCAGCGGAAAGGCCUGUUACGGCAAUUAGACGCCAGGGUGAAGGAGCAAAAGAACCGCUACGUAACGUGGCAGAAUUUCGAAAAGUCUAUCAAGGCCAGGCGCUCGGAUUCUAGCAAGGAGAAUGCUGCGAUAUCCACCAAGCCGGCUAAGGAUCUGAGUAUCAGCUUUGGGGCACACGAAUCGCUACAGCUGCCGAGAAAUCCUCUACAGUCUACGAAAAGCUGGGAGCCGCUCCCUGAACAGGCGGAACUGUUAGCAAAUCUUCAAAGGGAACUCGCGGAUGUUGGGAAGCUAAAGCACGCCGAGAAAUUACCGAGACGCCGGGUUUCCACGCGAGGGGGGGCAUCAGAACCGCAGCCGGAGGCAGUUAGUGAACCGCAACCUCUGGAUGAUGAGAAGGACUGGGAAUCCAACACCGACACCGACAAGCAGGAGACUCCCGUUCCUCAGCGUCGACACACGCGGCGCAGGGUAGAGCGGCGGAGAGUCGUAGCGCCACCACCGGAAUCGUCAGAGACUGAAGAUGUCUCUGACAGCGAUGACCAGAAGGUUGAGCAGGAGACACCAGUUCCCCACCACCGUCGGCCUUCGUGCCUUGUGGCUGAGAAUCAUAGCGAUGCGGCACCGCCACCACCACAGGAACCGUUCUCCGAGAUCGAAGAAGCUACUGAUAGCGACAACCAACAGUUUGAGCAGAUGACUCCUAUUCCUCGGCAUCGCAGUGCAGGACUCCCGCCGCCAUCAGAGACGGACGAAGCCACAGACAGCGAUAAUCAGCCGGUUGAACAGGAAACUCCAGUUCCCCAACGCCAGUCCCGCAUCGUACCAAUCUACCGCACCGCAUCACCACCACCCGAACCAUCCUCCCUCUCAGCCACCUCCCCCAUCCCCUCCGACCCCCCCUCUCCACCCGCCCCCCGCAUCCUCUCAACAAUCUCCGAUGUGCCACCAGCCUCCCGCCCCUCCCCUCCCAUCCCGUCCCCAGACACGACGCACCUCCCCCUUUAUACCCCCGCCACCUCCCCCUCCCCCCAAAACCGCGCCACAUCCUCUCCCUCGCCGAACGAACACGCAUGUCCAUGUCUCGCUCCCUCCCGCGCGCUAGCGAGCAGGACUUCGAUUCCCCCCCCGACCUCCCCCCGCCGCGGUUGUCACCAAGCAUCGCCACAGACCCAGAACUCGAUCCCGCAGCAGCGGCAGCAGCAGCAACCGCAAAACGGCACGGAGACCUCCUAG